AUGCCAGAAAACUUCACGUGAGUGUACCUACUCAACAACUCUCCAAAAUUUCAUUGAAAUACAUACUUUUUUAUGGAUAUAGAAGAUUAAAACAUAAACUAAAUACUUUAAUACUCAAAUAGUUUUUUAAAAAAUACCAGGGGAGAGGCAAUGUUCGUGUUAAAAUUGUACCAGUGGUAAAUUUCCUAUAAUACGACGAAAAGUUUCCGGUACCUAUGACCAUAAUAUAUCUAAUAUUAAUUUGAAAGUUAGUGACAUGACACAAGUACAUUUACAGGAUCAAUUUUCGGGGAGAAGGGGGGGGAGAGUUAAAAUAUUUUUAAUACAUGAACUUGUAGUUAGCCUUUGAUAUAUUAUAAAUAUAAAGGUACUUAAACCUACUUUAAAAAUAUGCAACUAUGGUCUUUAAACAAUUUCAAACAAUUUUUUUUAGCUAUUGAAUAAGGUUAGGCGGGUGCUUCACCAAAAUAUUAAUUAUUAUUAAAAGUAUUCGGUUAUUUGAAUAGUGAGUAAUUGCGUACAGCGUAUUAUAGCAAUUGAACAGUCACACGCUCCUGUUAAAAAAACGUAAUAUCAAAUAUCACAAUAAUCUGUACAUUCUAGUUUGUUUUUUUUUUUUUUUUUUUGUUAAUCUUUUACAGCGGUUUGCCGCCAAACGUGACAUCGACAGUCCGACCAGUUGGCGGCACUGAUCCAUUCCCUCCAUUUUGUUUGUUCUCUUUUUCUCCCGUUGGCAACAAGCCGACAACAAACCCGGUUGGAGAGAGAGAUAAAUGGCGUUCGCUGUCCGCAUCUUUUAGCGUCGGCUUAUGUGUGCGUUUGGCGUGUAAAUAACUGUAAAUUCAUUUCAAUAACUCCGUGUCUCAAAAAUAUUACCACGCACACAUUUUUGUCCCGUCUUUCUUGCCGGUAACGGCAAAACAGCUACCGCUUGCCGUACAGACUUACAUACUCGGACCGCGGCUGUUGCCGAUAGCUUAGCGAAACUGGUGAGUACCUAUCUAAAAUACAUAUUUCCAAUUUUGUGAAGAAUGUGGUGAUAAAAUCAUAAUCUGCCGGUGGUUAUUCACCUGAGCGCGUUCCCGCGUCCGAAAUCGCAAAGCGCUUAGACGCCGCCACAAUACUGUCAGUCUAUUUAAUAUAUCCGAGUUGUGUAUACCGUGUGAAUUUCAGGAAGACAUGGCUCAACAACCGAAUGCUAACGGACGGUCCACCGGUCCCGGUCGUGAUGACGAUAAAAAGUUAUUUGUCGGCGGCCUUGGCCGGACAAUCAGUGAAAAAGAAUUACGCGAAUAUUUCACACAGUAUGGCGAGAUUGAAAACAUUAACAUCAAAACUGACCCAUUCUCCGGACAAUCCAGAGGGUUUGCAUUUGUACAGUUUGUUAAUUCUAAAACUGUGGAUGAUUUGCUAGCCGCUGGUGAUCAUUUCAUUGCCAAUAAAAAAGUAGAUCCCAAAAGGGUAAGUUUUACGCGUCUAUACCUGGUGGUCAUCAUUUGUGCACCAUCCAUUUAUAAUAGGUUGAUUAAAAAAAAAAAAAAACAAUGAUACAAUGUUGCAUAGCAUAACAAUUUUUAUUUGGACACUUAUAUGUUAAUGUUUUUCUUUUCAUACAUGUAUAAUUUUUAAAAACGAUGGCAGCUUUCCCACGGUUUGAGUUUACAAAUUUCAACAUUUAACACAAACCUUAAAGUUAAACACCAACUGCUAAUAGUCAUGUCACCUAGAUAUCUCUAGUUAUAUUAUUUGACAAUAUCUGGUUGGAUUGGUUUGUUGUUACAACUUACACGCGAUUAUCAUCAUAAUAGUUAUAUGUAUAUUAUAUUUUUAAAACAGAAAUAUAUUAUACUUUUUAUAUGUAAUAUAAUAUCUUUAUUUGAAAAUUAGUUUUAGUAUUUAAUAGAUUUAAAUAUUAUUAAUACUGAAUAUUAAGAUGUAAGUUAGUAAACAAUUUGUGAUUUUGGGUAAUCCUAAUCAUUCUCAGCUUCUCUAUUGUCAAACAUUUUGUUGAUGUGCAAAUGAUGUAUCACCCAACCAAUUAACAAUGCGCAAAUGUCUUAUAAAAAAGGUCGAAAAGAACAAUAGUGUUGCGCAAAUGAUUUAUGUCCUCUAUAUCUUAUGUGUUCUGGAAAAAAGACUAAAGAAAAAAAAUUAUUUUCAACCUAAGGAAUUAAUUUAUAUUAUGGUUGGUAUAAAACUAUACCUGACCCUUUUUAUUUUUCUAUUUUUUUUUUUUUCAAUAAGUAUGUAUUUAACACUGGUUUUGAAAAUAUUUGAAUUUUUUUUUUUGCAGAAAUCAUUAUUAUAGUAUUAUUAUAUAACCAUUUGAAGUUUUGCUUAUAAAGCUAUUUUUGCGCCGUAAUAGAUUACGUAGAAAGUUCUAUUAGGGUCUGAUACCUACAAAUUGAACAAACUGUAUGUUCUCACUUUUUUUUCCUUGUUAUUUACCCUACAUUGUAUUUAAGUGAAUCUGACAAACUUCAAAAAAUUCAAACUUUUUCAGAAUCAGCAUCAAAAAAUGCAUGUUUUUAAAAAUAAAAAAAAAAAUAAAGGUGCCCAGUAAAGUAGUUUUGUUCCUAAUUUUUUUCGGCUUGGGAAAUACGAAUCAAACUGUCCUAUGGGCUAUGAACCGGUUCAAAUUAAUUUCCCGAAAGGUGAAUUCGUCCCUGUAUGUAGGUACUAAGUUAUUGAUUAAAAUGUUUUAUUACCAUACAUGUUAUAAAGAUAGAUGUGUAUUAUAUUUAUGGUCAGAAUUAUUUUGUAAUAAUUUAAUAAAUGGUAGUCAUUGUUAAAUAAUUUUUGUCAGUCAAGGUUUAUAUCUGGUACAAUUCUACGGUAUCCUACAAAAAUAUACGCAUUGUAAUAUCUCUUGAGAUUAUAAAGAUUAAACAAGUUUGUACUCAUACAUUAUUCACAAGGAUAAGAACUAAAAAUAUUUAUAUUUGAAUUUAAUUUGUAUAUUUUGAUAAAAAAAAAUCUAUGGAGUUCAGAAAAUCAAAAAGAAGUCUCUUUUAUUAACAUAACCUCCAAAAAUUUUAGCGAUUUUUUUUUUUUUUUUUGGUUGAAAAUACAAUAUAUUUUUUUUUUACCGAACCAUGCCAAUUCAUUUAUAUAUACUAUGUAUGUAUGAAUAAUUUUUAUCACAAGUAUUCUUGAUUAAAAAAGAUGUAUAUUUUUGAACUAAUUAAAAAUUGUUAAUAUUUGUUAUCAUAUUGUAUUAAAUUGAAUAUCUUAAAUAUCAUAACUAAAUAUAUUUUAUAAUAAAAAUUAUUUUUACACAAAGUACUUAUAAUUUAUAUUAUAUUAACACCUACUUAAUAUUAGUAAAUAUCUUUCUAUCAUUUUACAUUCUUUAGAUUGUUUAAGUUGGUAUCUUUUAAAUUUGUUUUAAAAUUUCCUUAACUAUAUAAUAAUAUAAUGCAACUUAAUAGUAUGUGUUAAAUAUAUAAUACAGUGUUGUAUGUUCAAGGAACCUUGUCACUGACAUAUUUUCUCUGUCUGUCUCACACAUAAUGUAGGUAUCCCUUAUUUCUAUGAUUGUAACUUUCUAGUUGUGUUUAGAGUAAAAUAAACUUAUUAUAAAGAAUAGGUAGUAUUUAUAUUAGGUCUUACGAAAGUUUUUUCAUAUUUUAAUUUCUUAAUAGUUAUGAUAUAUAAAGUUAAAAGAAAAUUUAAAAAUUAGAAACUAAAAAUCAUUUGUUUCAGAUAUCUUAACUAGUAUAUUUAUAUAUCAAUUUUAAAUAGCACAUUCUUUAAUAAUAAUAUAAUUUAGUCUUUCCAAAAAAAUUAUUUUAUAUCAACUGAUAAUAUAAUUUUAAAAUGUUUAUUCUUAUAUUAUUUUAUAAUUUUAAAUUUUUGAAUUUUAUUUAUUUUAAAUGUAUUUAUAAGUAAUUGCAUUUUGUUUUAGGUUACAAAGAAAAUUAACCCUUUGCGUUGUAAAAUUUUUGUUGGUGGCUUAACAUCUGAAAUGACAGAGCAAGAUGUACGAAAUUAUUUUGUUCAAUUUGGUCAAAUAUCCGAGUAUCAACAACCAUUUGAUAAAAUGAAAAAUCAAAAAAAAGGUUUCUGUUUCAUAACAUUUGAAGAUUCUGAAGUUGUCCAUCAAGUAUUGAAAAAUCCUAAACAAGUGAUUAAUGGCAAAGAAGUAGAUGUAAAAAAAGUAAAGUUCAAUCCUGAAACAAUGGCCGCUCCAGGUACCAGAACAGGUGGACCAGUCAACACUAGGGCUCCUGCUACUUUUGGGAUGAGACCAACUUAUCCUGGUUAUAUGGCACCAGCUGCAGCUGCACCUUAUGGCGCUGCUGCUGACUAUGGUUAUGCUGCUAAUGCAUAUGAUGCAUACGGUGCAUAUGGAGGAUAUGAUUACUCCGCAAUUGGUUAUGGGGGUGGUGGUUAUUCAGCACAAGCCUAUGGAGGUGGCAAAUAUCGAGAGACAACAUAUCCUCGGCAUGCGCCUUACUGA